AUGUCUUUACAUAUCUAUAUUGCUCACACCGGUGAGCAUCUACUGGCGGACCCAGUUUCCUUUACAUCUCCAGAUGCUCUCCGAUCAUGGAUUGCUCGCAACACAACUAUCGCUUCUCAGAGGCAGAUAUUAAUGACCGCCCGGGGAAAGAAUGUCAAGCUCCAGACCUUAGCCACAGAGGACGAAAUUUUUGUCUACGAUAGGCAACUAGUCAGCGAAGGCGGCGCCGUCGAGCUCCCCGAUAUUCCCAAGCCACCACCGUUCAAACCGAAGAAUCCCCCAGAUACUCUCACCGACCAAAAUGAUCUCCAGUCGUGGCGUAACCUCUACAUGGCUCGCAGGACAUGGGCUUUGGCUCUAGCGGAGGAAUGUGUUCCUGUGGACCAAGCUCUCCAAGAGCACAACGAACGUAUCGACAUCAUCUAUCGUGGCGUUGGCGCCGCCCUCGAAAACCUCAAGUCUCAUGUGGCCACCUUGGAAAUCAAGUUUCAGGAAGCUCAAACUUGGGCAGACGAUCUCCUCAAGGAACAGAAAUCAGCUUUGGAUGGAUGGCAGGCUGCAUUAGACAAAUUGAAGGCGAUACCAGCGAGGAAGGAUAUCUCGUUCCUUGGACGUCCCUCGACACCGAAGAAGGGAACCAAGGACCGAUCAACUGGAACACUCCAGGACUUUCUCGAUGUGGAUGAUGUGCGGCGGGCUGCCUCAAAAGGCUCAACUGUAUCGCAGAGCUUCUCUCGUCACGUGAAUGAAGUUCAAGCAGCUGUUAGCAGCAUCUCGUCCGACACCCAGGCCUUACUAGAACAGGCACAGCCUCCAAUGAUCGAUGGGGCCCAUGGUUUACUAGAAGAGGUGGAGACAUUGGCAAAGAAAGUGAGUUCUGAUUAUGAGCAUGUACUCGGUCUACCUAGCAAUCAAAAGAGCCUGGCAAACAUUUCAAGGAUGGCAUUGGGCCAUACAAAGGAACUACUGCCAUCUCUUCGAGAAAUCAGUCUUGAGUUGCACACCGCAUUAGACCAGGCUGUUCAGCAUCGAAUCACCGCAAUGAAGGCUGCGGUCCAUCAUAUGCGGACUGUGUCAUCGUUGGAGUCUCGUCUAGCGGAUGUCCAGGCACAGAUCGCCAAAUUGGAUGUUGAUGCAGACGUUUUUGACAUCAUAUUCGAGGUAUAUCAUCUACCAGUGGCCUACGGCUCGGUGCUUGUGGAGGCUGUUCGACGCCGUGAAUGGAGUGAAAAACUAAAAACCGACUCGCUCACAUUAGCCGAAGAAAUGGCUGUCUUUAGGGAUGAAGAACAGCGUCGCAGGAAGAAAUGGCUAAAGUCGAUUGGGGAACUUGUAGCACUUCCUGAUGAUAUGACUCCUGGUCUAGAGAUCAAUAUGCAAGGUCAAGGGCAGGAGUGGCCUGAAGUACAUCGCAAAGAAAUUGAGCUCUAUAUUGAUGCUCUUAAAGCCCGAAAUGAUAUGUCAGCCAUAGUCGACGAAGUAUCUCAGCUCUAUGCAGACCUUGAUAAGCCUACUCGACAGCAAAAACGACGAGCAAAGGCCUUCAAACAGGGGAGCGUAAUCGACAUGGGACGCAGUUCACUUCUCAUCCGAGGAGAUGAUAUGGUUCGCAGCCUUCAAGAUGAGAAAUACAAGCUUGAAGAAAAGGUUAAAAGUUCGGAAAGUCGAAUUCGGAAACUAGAAGAUCUUCUCCAUCGCCAAACUCACAUAGCAAGGCCGCUGAGUGGAAAUUUCAGUACUGACUUCCCUAUUACCCCGGCUUCUCCGCGACCGGAUCCAUUAUCAAGACGGUCGUCGGUCUCAUCAAGGCGUAUGUCAUCCAAUCAAACGGCUGAGGACAAAGGUUUAGUACAACGAAUUGUAGGACUUGAAGCAGACCUUGCUACCGAGAGAGAAACUGUCCAGCGGCUGCAAAGGGAGGUCCGAAUGGAGCGUCAAUCGUCCACAGAUAGGAUGCAAGAGGUUCAAUCCACCAAUGAAGACCUCAUCAAGAACCUCGAGUCUAGGCAAAGGGAAUUCGAGGACGAGCGCAAGUUUCUAGAGGCCGAUGCUAAACAGUUACGACACAGGAUUGAAGAACUUGAAGAAGAACUAUUCAAUGUCCUUGACCGCCGCGAUCACGAAAAACAAGAAUUAGAGGAGCGCGCCCAGAAACUGGAAGAACAACUUCUGGCGACAGAGACUAGUAGUACCAAGGAACUUGAGAAUGCGCAGGCGGAAUUACAAGCUUUACAGGACAGUUAUUCCCGUGAAAAAGAGCGAGCCAGUGAUUUGGAGAGUGUCAUUGCCAACGACAAAGAACAUCUGUCGAAUCAAGAAACCAAGAUUUUGGAACUACAGGCGCAGCUGGAGAAAUUGCAUAAUCAACACCAAGAGAAUCUUAGUACAUUGCAAGCAGCGCAUUCCAUUCUUUCACCAGAGCGAUCGGCACCAUCUGGCUUUGCGUCUUUGGUCAAAGCCAUUGAGAUUUUAGCAGAAGGACUUUCAAUCCACGCCAGGAAUACAGAGAAAUCUCAUGCGUCCCUAGUUCAGGAAAAGAAAGAUAUGGAAGAGAAGCUGAACUUGCAGCAAAUUGAAGUUAAUCAACUACGCGAAUCAGCCGAAACUCACAUGGCCGAGAUGAUGAAAGUGCGAAACGAGCUCUUACAGGAACAGUCCCAGGUAUCCGUACUCAGAAGCGAACUCGCUGACGAGCGAAGCCAGCUUCACCAUUUGCGAUCAAAGUUUUCAGCUGGAGAAACUGGAUCCGAAAUCCUUCGUGAGCGCUUAGCAGAGGAAGAGGGCAAAGUCGCAUCCAUGUCACAGAAAUUGAUCCAGCUAAACGCUCAAGCGCACACAGCUGAAGAAGAGGCCAAAGAGUAUCGCGAAAAGCUAGGAUUAGCACAGGAUUCUGAGAAGCAGUUGAGUGCUUUGCUGAAGGCGCGUGGAAGCAAAGCCCAAGAGGUUUCGAAACGACUUCUCUCACAAGCCGAAGCCAUAGGGCACAUGCUAGAGCAGCUCGGCUUCGCCAUAAUACAAACAGACGAUAAGCUCACUGUGCAAAGGGCGUCGAAGGUAAAUAGCGCAUCUGUUUCGGGGGAACUGCUAGCCGCGUCCACAGUAGCCUCCCUUCGGCCAGACCCGACUCUUUCGACCUGGAUACAGAAUGAAGCGGGCAAUGAAGAUACCAAGUUCAAGGAGUUCAUGGAAUCGAUAGCGAAAUUCGAUGUCCAAGUUUUUGGUGAAUCGGUAGUGAAGAGGGAGAAAGACAUUGAGGUCCUAGCGCGGAAGUGGCAGAAGGAAGCCCGAAGUUAUCGCGACAAGUACCACCGCACGCAAAGCGAAGCACAUGAUAAGAUUGCUUAUCGAUCUUUCAAGGAGGGCGACCUGGCACUUUUCCUUCCCACUCGGAAUCAAGCGAUUAGGUCUUGGGCUGCAUUCAAUGUGGGGGCGCCACAUUACUUCCUCCGGGAGCAGGAUGUCCAUAAGUUAUCGACUAGAGAUUGGUUGCUAGCCCGCAUUGGCAAGAUAGAAGAGCGGGUUGUCGACCUUUCUAAAUCCAUGAAUGGCGGUAAUCAGGACCGUCGUUCCAUUACAAGUGACGGAACUUCAUUCGAUGAUGAGAAUCCGUUUGAAUUAUCUGAUGGCUUGCGAUGGUAUCUUCUGGAUGCAACUGAGGAGAAACCAGGUGCUCCCAGUACUCCAGGACUAGGAAAAAGCACAGUUGCUUCCGCACACGUCGAUGCUAAAGGGUCCAUUCGUCUUAAACGGACCGCUGCUGGGGGCAACGUUGCUAAGACAUUGACAAAGAGCCUGGAUAGUCGUAGAAACAGCGCUGCGUCAAAGAAAGGAACCCCAGUGCCGACCCUGGUUGCAGCAGAGUCGGUCGGAGACAACGUUCAGCCUGCAGAUGUUGAUGCUGGGGUACGGCCCAGGGAGUCUGAUCCCAUAUUUGACGAGGCUGCUGAACACCCCCAGGAGACUAUAGCACAGUCUCCAAUCGUACGACCAGAGAUUGACUUACACUCUGGCGGCUCUUCGCCGAGCAAGCGACCAUCAAGAUUGAGACCAUGGGAGAAGAUAUGGUCUCUUGACUAUCGACUCGAAGGUGAUAAGCAAUAG